GACAAAAUGUUUGGUUUACUGCAAAAGAGUCGGAGUUUGUAUAGACUGUCGGCACCCGUUGUCCAUCGGAGUCAAUGGUUAAGCUCUUCGGCGGCCAAUGACGUGUCGGCGAAGUUCGCGAGGGCUCAGGAGGAGCUCAAGAAGUUGAAGUCCGAGCCCUCCAACGACGUGAAGCUGCGAUUGUAUGGUCUCUUCAAGCAGUCGACGUCCGGAGAGUGCAAGACAUCCAAACCGUCGGCCAUUAAGUUCGUAGAGGCGGCCAAAUGGCAGGCGUGGAGUCAAUUGGGAUCCAUGUCUUCGGCCGAUGCCAUGACUCAGUACGCCGAGACUGUCCACCUGUUGCUGAAGGAGGCGGGUGUCGACUCGGCCUCUGGAGGGUCGGCCGCCACCGAUGCUGACGCCUCUGCCGCUGAUAAUGAGAUACUCGUGGAGAACAGGAGUGGUGUUUGUGUGAUAACUCUGAACAGACCGAAGAAGUAUAACGCCAUCACUGAUGCCAUGUAUGAGGACGUGAUUACGGCGUUGAAUAAGGCGUCGGCCGACGAGUCCAUCAAAUUAGCACUGAUUACAGCCAACGGCGACUACUACUCGAGUGGCAACGACUUGAGUACGGAUGACAUAUUGAUUGGGAAGGCAUUCAAGAUAUUCAAGGGAGACAUGAAUGCCGGCGCCACGCAGGCCGCCAAAACUUUGCAGCGAUUCGUCGCCGCAUUCAUUGACUUUCAAAAGCCACUGAUCGGUGCAGUGAACGGACCCGCCAUCGGCAUCGCUGUCACUACAUUAGGUCUGAUGGACGUCGUGGUGGCCAGCGAUACGGCAACCUUUCAGACGCCCUUCUCAUCGCUGGGACAGUCGCCCGAGGCCUGCGCCACACUUACCUUCCCAUUCAUUAUGGGUUACUCUUCGGCGUCGGAAAUGCUUUACUUGAACCAUAAGAUGAGUGCCGACGAGGCGCUCAACUGCGGCCUCAUAUCGCGAAUCAUACCGUCGGCGCAGUUCAAGACACACGUCGACGACUGGAUCUUCGGCGCCAACGGUCUCGUGAAGACGUGUUACCCGAAAUCAAUGCAAUUCUCGAAAGCGUUGGUGAAGAACGAGGCCUUUCGCCAGAGAUUACACGAAGUGAACAAAGAGGAGUGCGAGACCAUCAAAGACCGGUGGCUGAGCGACGAGUGCGCACAAGCGCUCCAGAAGUUCUUCACCCGCAAGACCUAA